AGCUUGAUAGCCAGCCUGUCCGCCCGUCCGCCCACCACCUGCGCCUGCGCCUGCGCCUGCGCCUGCGUCUGCGCAACGGAAUCCCAAGGCCGUUUCGUUUCCUAGCUGCUACUGCCGACCGGAAGCGACGAGACCCGUGGCAACUGAGGCGAGGCUCGACCACGCUCCUGCCUGGCCGCAUUCCCGGAUUCGCAUAUAUUAUCCGUAGCUUUGGCGCCGUUGUCACCUUUUCCUCUCUGUACAUUGCCGCACGGCAGUCUAAUUCACAAUGGGCCGGAGAAAGAUUGAGAUCAAAGCCAUCAAGGAUGAAAGAAACCGCUCUGUCACCUUUUUGAAGCGAAAGGGCGGCUUGUUCAAGAAGGCGCACGAGCUCUCGGUGCUCUGCUCCGUUGAUGUCGCCGUCUUCAUAUUCAGUAGCAACAAGAAGCUCUACGAGUACUCCUCGGGGAAUAUGCAAGACCUCAUCGCAAGAUACACAUUUCACGGUGGUCCGAAUGAACACAAAGGACCCGCGGACUUCAACGGCGGCGCCGACGACGAAGAUGACGAAGAUGGCGACGGCACUCCCCCACACGGCCACGAAGGCUCUGUCGAGCCUCAGAUGAUCCCUCCGCACUAUCAAGGAGUCCAUCAAGCAUCGUUUCCGCCACACCUGAGAGGCCACACUCCCUCGGCUUCACCGCCCAUCAAUGGCGCGCCUUUCCCGCGAGGACAUACACCCCAGCCUCAGAUGGGAUCGCGACCUUCAUCCAGAAACGAUUUCCGUCGCGGAUCAAGCAUGCAGCAGCCGGGCCCUCCAGGUCCGCCGCAGCCCGUUGCGAACGGAUAUGCGUUUAUGCCUCAUCCUGCUAUCUACAACCCUCAGAACCAGCCUAGUAUGCAGCAACAUGGCAUGCCGCAACAGCAGCAGCAGCCGCCGCCACCAGGCUCAUAUCCGUACCCGCCACCACCGCAACACCCGCAUCAACACCCGCAUCAACACCAGCAACAGCAGCAGCAGCAGCAGCAGCAGCAACCGCAUCCUCAGCAUCCUCAGCAUCAACAACACCCUCAACAACACCCCCAGAUGCAACAAUACAUGGAAGACCAGCGCCGCUCAUCAGUCCCGCCUCCUAGCUAUCCUCAUCAAGGACCACCGCAGAACCAGCAACGACCGCAACAAUCUCCCCCGCACAUGUCUCCCCCGCAGCAUCACAGCCAACAUCUACAGCCGCCGCAGAUUCAACACCACCCACCGCCUCAACAAAUGCAGCAGCAGCAACCGCAACAGGGCCAACAGCAACAGCAGGAACAGCAGGAACCUCGGCCACCAGCACCCAUGGAGCCAAAGCCCGAGCCUCUGAGUGAGAGACCGAGCCAGCCGCUGCUCGACACUGCAUCUGCUAUCAAGAAACUGCCGCAGCGCAAGCAGCACAGCAUAUUCACCCCCAUUGAUGAAAACCGGUCUAUUCUAUCCCAACAUUUGGCGUCAUUUGUUGCCGAGCCUCGGACGUUAAAAGCGGAGGCGGACACGGCAGCCAACCGGUCGCAAUCUGUCGAUGUUGGGGCUGUCUCUCGGAACAAUGCAAGCGUGUCUCCACCGCUCCCGCAGAGGUCAAACACGUCAAGAAAUGCCAAAACACGGAACUCCGUCUCCAUUCCCGAGACGACCUUCACCCCACCCUCGCGCUCCAACAGUUUGCGCGUUGGUGGCGGCCCACGGCCGAAGCUCAAGGUGCAAAUACCGGACGAACAGUCUGAUGCCGGUAGCAACACGGCCGAAUCUGCCACGUCUCCCCGCGCUUCCGACACGACGUCUCAGAGCACCCGACGCAAUGAGUCUCACUCCUCUGUGGUUCUACCUCCCCCGUCCCCGUCGGCCACCUCCCUCUUGUCCGCUGGUGCCACUGGACCGCCCAACCCCUUCGCGAGACCACACCCUCAGUCUCAGUCUAACAACAAUAAUAACAACAUGCACAUCGAUACACCAGUGUCCGCACUACCAUCGCGCUUCCUCAACAACGAGUUUCUGCCAAGUCCCAGCAGCUUUUACCCCGAGUGGAACUUUCGGGGCAACGACAGCAACACUCUCCCUAGCCCCCUCAAUUUCGCAACACCGGUCGUUGGUACGGGCCCUUCCUUUCUGAGGGAUGAGAACCCGAACAAGCGGAAGAGUCCCGAGACGAGCAACGGUGGGCCAUCUUCGGACGGGUCGGAGGGCAUGGACGCAAAGAGAGUCAAGGUUGAUUCUUAGGCGACUGGCCCAUGGCCCACAUCUUCAAUUAGCCGACUUGACUUCAUAUGUUCGCAUCUUGUGGUUGCAAGUGUAUAAUAUCCUAUUUUGGCGUCGUCAAACUCUCUGCUAGUCGUGGCUUUCAGGGGUCGUCGUUCUUGGGCCGGAU